AUGAAGGAUGUGCCUCCAGCCGUUGUGAAGCUAGAUGUAGUCGUCCCCGACAACUACGACGAGGAGGUGGCCACUGCCGCCACCCCGGCCGCGUCAAUGGCCGACGAGGACGCCAAGUGGUCCUUGCCAGGGCUGGAGGACGUCGUCCAGCAUUCGGCCAUGGUGAUGGAGCAUAAGGCCAAAAAACUUCGAGAGCAUUGGGAGUCCAUGAUAAAGGACGCCCGCAAGGAAGCAGACAAGAUCCGGCGGGAGGCCAUUAACCCCCGCAAGAUCACCUUCGUAACUCCCUCUAAUCAGCAGUCGCUCACAACUUCAAAGGAGAACAUGCAGAAGGCUGCAGAGCUUCUGAACAAGGAGAAUGAGGAAAUCGACAUCAACGGUGCUGCAAACUCCGGAUUCAGUGACAACAGCACCACGCCAAAUGCCACUUCAGGGAUUGUGAAGAUUGCAAGAAACCCUCAAGGUGCAGAAAGGCUACCACCAGGGAUUGUGGUGUCGGAGUCCGAUCUUCACCUGCGUCGGCUCUGGGGGUCCCCAAGCGAGGACACGGAGACUCGCAAGUACCUCCUGGCGCUGGCGGUAGGAUACACCGAGAGAGUCAAUGUCGAUGCAACCGUCCACAAGUUCUCCAACAACUUCGACGUUGUGCUGUUCCACUACGACGGUCGCAUGACGGAGUGGGACGAGUUCAAGUGGUCAAAGGAGGCUAUUCACAUUAGUGCCAGGAAGCAAACCAAAUGGUGGUUCGCCAAGAGGUUCUUGCACCCAAGCAUCGUUGCGCCGUACGACUACGUCUUCUUGUGGGACGAGGACCUUGGUGUCGAGAAUUUCACCGCAGAAGCGUACAUCAACAUUGUGAAGAAGCAUGGGUUGGGAAUCUCGCAGCCGGGGCUGGACGUGACCAAGGGAAAGAAGCUUUACCAUGUCACUGUCAAAAGAGACGCCAGCGAGAUGCACAAGUUCGUGGAGGUGAUGGCACCGGUUUUCUCCAGGGAUGCUUGGAAAUGCGUGUGGCAUAUGAUCCAGAAUGACCUGGUCCAUGGAUGGGGCCUAGACUUCAAUUUCUGGAGAUGCGUCGAUUUUCCUGAAGAGCAGAUUGGCAUCGUAGAUGCUCAAUUUGUGGUCCAUCAUGGAGUUCCGACGCUCAGAGGACAGGGCAAAGAAAAGCAAGGAAGUAAUGCUAAGAGUAAUUUUGCUAGGCCUAAUGAGAAUGUUUUGUGUGGCUGUUCUGCCGCCGGCAGGUGA